UUAAUUAAUUGAUAAAAAAGUAAUUGUGCUUUUCCACUUAUUAAAAAGACACUUCCUCUACUAGUGAUCAUUCAUUAACCAAAUUCAAACAAUAAUCAAUCACUCUAACUUACUAUUGACAUUUUUCCACAAUUAUACGACCCUCCAAAUAAAAGAAGGUAAAAAUGGAAAGAGGCUACGGUUUCCAGGAGGGAGGUGGGUAUGGCUCAGACACUAGUCGCUAUAAUUCGGCCGAUACCAACCGCUAUGGUACAGACCCCAAUAGCGGAUAUGGCGGCGGUGGUGGUUAUGGCUCAGAUUAUAGAACAUCGGUUGGUGGCCCCGGUGGUGGCUAUAGUUCAACUGAGACUAACCGCUAUAGUAGUACAAACUCGGGUGGUUACGACAACAACGGUAGUUAUGGCUCAGGCUACAAAGGCUCUGGUAGUGCCUUUGACAACAACGGUAGUUAUGGUAAUAAGGCGGAUGGUAACCGCUAUGGCUCAAGUUACGCUGCGGAGGAGGGUUUUGGUGCCGGUUAUGGUUCGAACCCGGCUAACCUCUAUGGUUCAAGUCGCUCAAGAAACUACCAAGGCCCAGGUGGUGGGACUGGUGAGAUGUGCACGAUUCCUGGAUCCUCCACAGGGGGCGGCAGCUAUGGCUCGACUGAGGCACACCAUUAUGGCUCCACGGGGGAUGGUUACGGUGAGUCUGAGGCGAUGAGGUAUAGCAGAGAGAAAAGAAGGGGCUACAAGAGGAGUGGUUGCUUCCCGUUCCGAUGCUUACGCUUUGGUCGCUGAAGGAGUCGUACGUAGCUGGCGCGGUGGCAUCUGGUGGUUUUGCCUUCCAUCAGCAUCACCAGAAAAAUCUAUUAAGGAUGAGGAGGUGGCAGGAGGACGGCUGUUAGAAUAUAGUGUUAAUUGUGCAACAAUAAUAAAAUAUAUAUUUAUAAUGUAAAUAUAAAUAUACAUUGAGUAUUACUUUUAUUGAUAUUAUUUCACAUUGCUUUAAGUUUUACAAUGACGUUAGUUUAUAUAUCAAUAUAGGUUGGCUCAAGUGACAAGCAAUUGUAGGUUGUAUGUUUCAUGAAAUGUGUAAAUGAGUACACUUAAACAAAUUGAUAUGAAAAGACAGCAAAAUGGUAGGGAAGAUUGU